CUUUAUAAUUUUCAUUUGUAAGUUUACCUACUAUUAUCAGUUCCUAUCAGUGAGGUCACACAAUAUUCAUCCUUCUAUUUAUGCCUUAUUUCACUUAACAUAGCGUCAUCCAGGUUCAUCGAUGUUGUCACGUGCUUCAGGACUUCAUUCCUUCUUACUGCUGAAUAAUAUUCCAUCGUACGUAUAUACCACAUUUUCUUUAUCCUUUCAGCUGUUGAUGGACACUUGGGUUGUUUCAUCUUUUGGCAAUUGUGAAUAAUGCCACUAUGGACUUAAUUGUGCAAAUGUGUUUUCUGGUCCCUGCUUUCAAAUCUUCUAGGUUUGUCCUGAGUGGCGGGAUUGCUGGGUCAUAAGGCAAUUCUAUACUUAGUUUCCUGAGGAACCGUCACACUGUCUUCCAUAGCAACUACCAUUUUACAUUGCCACCAGCAUUGAUUUCCUCAACUAUUGCUUUUCUGGUUGUGAUAGAAAUGAAGAGGUAGACAGUUGUCUGCUGAGCUACUGAUGAUGCAAUCACUGGAGUCAUUGACCUUUAAAGAUGUAGCUGUAGACUUCCCCCAAGAAGAAUGGGCUCUUCUGGACACAUCUCAGAGAACGCUCUUCAGAGAUGUGAUGGCUGAGAUCGUCAGUCAUCUGGUUUCAGUGGGGUUUCAGGUCUGCAAAUCGGAUGUGCUUUCCCAAUUACAGCAAGGAGAGGAACUGUGGAGAGAAGAAAUAGGAUUUUUUCAAAACCAGUGUUCAGGCAGGGAAAGUGGAUGUAAAAAACAAGAAAUGGUACCCAUUCAGAAUAUCUGCAGGAAUGAUGCAGCUACCAUCAUGUCUUUGAGCUCUCACAUUCCAAAGAGUCCCUUGAAAUGUAAUGAUUUGAAAGAAGGAUUCAGAGACACUUCCACAGUUUCUCAACAUGUGUUAGUUCAGAAGGGGAAGAAACCCAAUUUCAGAAAACUAUUUGGAAAUGCCCUCAGUGACCAGUCCUCUUUUCUUCAACAUAUGCAAGUUCAUCCUAGAAGAAAGUCAUCUGAAUAUGAUGUAGGUGGUAAAGCCUUUAUUCAAACCUCUGGCCUUAGACAAUACAAUGGAUCUAAUGUUGGAGAGAAACCCUUUGAAUGUCAUCAGUGUGGGAAAGCCUUCACUCAUCGUUCUUAUCUUAGGCAACAUGAGAGAAUUCACAAUGGAGAGAAACCCUAUGAAUGCCAUCUGUGUUGGAAAGUCUUCACCCACUGCACUAGCCUUAGACAACAUGAGAGGACACACACUGGAGAGAAGCCCUAUGAAUGUCAUCUAUGUGGGAAAGCCUUUACCAAUUGUUCCGGCCUUAGACAACAUGAGAGUACUCACACAGGAGAGAAGCCAUAUCAGUGCCAUCUUUGUGGGAAAGCCUUCACUCAGCCCUCUACCCUUAGAUUGCAUGAGAGAAUUCAUACUGGAGAGAAGCCGUAUGAAUGUCAUCUAUGUGGGAAAUCCUUCAGGACAUGUUCGUAUCUUAGAAACCAUGAGAGAACCCACACUGGAGAGAAACCCUAUGAAUGUAAUGUAUGUGGGAAAGCGUUCACUGAUCGUUCCCACCUUAGACAACAUGAGAAGACUCAUACUGGAGAGAAACCUUAUAAAUGUCAUAUAUGUGGGAAAGCUUUCACUCAUCGUUCUUACCUUAAGCAACAUGAGAUAGUUCACAAUGGAGAAAAAGCAUAUGAGUGCCAGUUAUGUGGGAAAGUCUUCACCCGUUCUUCUGCCCUUAGACAACACGAGAGGACUCACACCAGAGAGAAACCCUUUGAAUGUCAUCUAUGUGGGAAGGCAUUCACUGCAUGUUCUGGCCGUAGACAACAUGAGAGGACUCACACUGGAGAGAAACCCUAUGAGUGCCAUUUAUGUGGGAAAGCGUACACUACAUGUUCUCAUCUUAGAGUACAUAAGAGAACUCACACUGGAGAGAAACCCUAUGAAUGUCGUCUAUGUGGGAAAGCUUUCACCCGUUGUUCUGGCCUUAAACAGCAUGAGAGGACUCACACUUGAGAGAAAUGAUAUGACUGUCUUUGUGUGAAUGGGAAAAACUUACAUUUAUUUUUGUAACCUUAAACACUAGAAUAUUUAAAUUUGAGGGACCCUAUAAAAGGCAUGUAAAUGGGAAAGUCAUGAGGCAACAUUCUCACUUUAAAUAAUAUGACAGCACUCAGUAAGGAUGUUCUAUAUGUAGAAGAGAUUGCAGCCAUAGAAUUAACCUUUACACACUACAGAACUCAAACUGGAUAGACACUAUGUUUGUAAUCACAAGGAACAGAUUUUUGUCAUGCUUUCUCCUUAAACUAUUCUAAGUGAUUUCAUGCUGAAAAGAAUCCAUACAAAUGUCAUCUGUGUAGCAAAACCUUCUGUUGAUGGUUUGAUAAUAUACAAUAUGAGUGAACUGAAAGUAUUAUAUAACAAAUGUAGAAGAGCCUUCAUCUGCUAUUCUAAGAUAUAAACAAAACAGAGAAAUUCUACAUCUGUAAUCAGUGUGGGAAUUCCUUAAUUUAUAUUAUCCUUUAAAAGAAAUGAGUGAACACUACAGGAGAGAAACACUAGGCUGGUAAUCCAUAUGUACAACCGUUUAGUCAAGACCUACCUCAAUGUACAAAAGAAAAUUCACUAUAGGAAAAAAUAAUUGUGAAAAGUGUGUGUUAGAAACAAAACACCUAUGGUGAGUGGUAGAUAAUUCAUGCUGGAAAAAUUAUUUAAUGAAAAUCAUUAGAAAUCAUUCAUGUAUCAGUUGUAGGACAUAUAGGAAUUCAUAUUAUUUAAAACACUCAGGGUCAUAAAUGAGGGAAAAUCUAAAGUAAACACUAAUUUCCUAGUAGCAUUAAUAUUCUUCCACUGAGAUAGCAACCAUCCUGAAGGUGUAAUACAUAAACCAUUAGCUGGGAUUCUCAUAAAACUGAGACUGAAAAUACCAUCUAUAGAUACCCAAUUCAAAGCAUCCAUGAGUUUGAAAAACCCUUAUCAUUGGAAAUAUGUAGUAAAGCAAUAUAGUAUUGUGAAGUGACCUGGGAAUAUUGAAUUAAAAUUGUGUAAGAAUGUGAAAUGAGUUUCAUUUUAUUAAUAUUUGUGUAUAUGGAAGCAACAGAAGUCAUUGAUGAAAAAUCUAAUAAACUUGCCAAGUCCUAAAUUUUUUAUGUUGCUCUAAAUAGAAAUAUUUUUGCAAGUCAGAAAAUAAAUUUGAAUAUAACCUGAUAACAGGUAGAAGAGAUAAUUAUGUUUUACUGUUAUCUUAAUAUUAUAAUAUUUAUGUAGAUAGCAAGGAUGUAGACAAACAUGGAAAAAGAAACCCUCCCUUUCAAAACCAUUUAAUAUUGGCAUCAAAACUUAGGAAAGAAAUAAGAAUUAAUAUUUAAAUAAAAGAAAAGUGAGCCCUGGAGAAUUAUGCAUACAAUGGCAAGAAAAUUUCAGAACCUAGAAUCAUGCAGUGUAUCAUUCAUAUUAGAAUUUGUUGCAGCAUUGCUAGUGUCAACAAAACAUUACAAGCAAGGAUAUGGAAUUACAUUGAAGUUGUGGAGAAGAUCCAAUUUCCAGAAUGCCUUAAAUCCUUAUACUAAUUCAUGUAACCACAAAGAACUGCUCUUAGGUGACUGGCAGAACACUGUUGGGGAACACCAAGAAAGCAGAAAGAAGUCAUGAGAAUCUAAUUUCAUGCAUAUUUCCCAGAAACAAAACUCAUGGAUCAUCAAACAACACCCUGGGAGUGACUGCCAGUCCCUCCUAUGUACAUGUGCAGAAGGCUGGGAAAGAAAAUGGUGUAUAACUACUAACAGGAUGAUAAAAAAAGGCUUGUUCCUUGUAUUCAUUUGUAAUUGAUAAUUAUCAUUGUUUCUUAUGUUGGAAAAUGAGAACCUUGAAGUUUAUAUUUAGUUAAUGUGUUUAUGAACAGUUAUGCAAUGCUGCCAUCCAUCCCCCCUCCUUAUUUAUGUACUUUUGUUUGAAUAUUUCAUUUUAAUAUUCAAGUUUGAUCUUUGCUUCUAUUUGUAAUCUUUUUUAAUAAAGUUUUAUUAACACACCAUACAGUUUCAUCCUAAGUACAACCAAUGACUCUUUGUAUAAUCCAUAAUUCUGCAUUCAUCACCACAGUCAUUAUGAGAACAUUCUCAUUUUUUCCAAAAAAAAAUUCCGUAACUCUGUAUAUCACUAUCAUUGACAUUUAGCUUUGGUAUAGUGCCUUUGUUACAAAUAAUGAAAGAAUACUACAUUGUUACUGUUUACACCUUAGUUUGCAUUGUUUUCCCAUAUACCACCCUAUUCACACCUUGUAAUAGUGACACACAUUUGUUCUUGUUCAUGUAAGGACUUUCUUAUAUUUUCUUAUCUUUGUGCACUCUCAUUAUUGAUUCUAAGUUUUGCUAAGUUAUACAGUCCCAGUUUUUAUCUCUAGCUUUCCUUCUGGUGACAUACAUGACCCUAGCCUUCCUCUUUCAAGUAUACUCACAUUCAGCUUUGUUGGUUACACUUAUAGUAUUGUGCUGUUUGAGAACAUUUACAAUCAGCCUAUUAUAUGUUCUGUACUCCUUAAGCAUCAAUUGCCCAUCUCUAUGCUCUUUCUAUUACCUGAUACCUAUGCUCUUGAAUUUAACUCCCAGAAUUUGUUCAUUAUACUUAGAUCACAUUAAUGAUACCAUACAAUAUUUGUCUUUUUGUUUCUGGCAUGUUUCACUCAACAUAGUAUCCUCAUAGUUCACCCAUCUUAUUACAUGCAUUGUGAUUUCAUUCCUACUUACAGCCGCAUAAUAUUCCAUCAUAUGUAUGUACCACAGUUUAUCCACUAAGUUGAUGGACAUUCGGGCUAUUUCCAUCUAUGGCAAUCAUGAAAAACGUCACUAUAAAAACUGGUGUGCAAAUGUCUAUUUGUGUUCCUGCUUUCAGUUCUGUGUAUAUACCUAUUAACAGGACCAGAUCAUAUGGCAAUUUUAUACUUAGCUUCCUGAGGAACCAUCAAACUAAGUUCCAGAGUGGCUGGACCUUUCUGCAUUACCGUCGACAGUGAAUAAGUGUACCUAUUUCUCCACAUCCUUUUCAUAGCUGGAAAAUAGCCUAUUACUGUUUGUACUUAGUUCCCAGAGGGACAUUAGCCAGACUGUCACUUCUGCUUACAGGAAUAAGAAUACAUCUUAAAGCAAACAAGAUAGAAGGGCAUCAAGAGCACUGUGUGUCAGUAGGUCAGUGAAGAACAAAUGUUUGACAUUCCUCAGCAGUCAGUAAAAAUGAGUCAAGACACCCAGGGGAGUGAAUCUCCCUGGCAACGUGGAAUAUGACUCCUGGGGAGGAAUGUAGACCCGGCAUCGUGGGACGGAGAACAUCUUCUUGACCAAAAGGGGGAUGUGAAAGAAAAUGAA